AUGACUAGUAGCGAGGAAGUAGUUGAAGUGACGGUGGUUAAAGCACCUGAAGCUGGCGGAGGAAAGUUAUCACGUCGGAAGAUUCGGAAGAAAGACGCCGGUGUUGAUGGUUUGGUGAAGUGGGAGAGAUUUCUCCCGAAAAUCGCGCUUAGAGUUUUGCUCGUUGAAGCUGAUGAUUCUACUAGACAGAUUAUCGCUGCUCUUCUCAGGAAAUGUAGUUACAGAGUUGCUGCAGUACCUGAUGGCUUAAAAGCUUGGGAGAUGCUAAAAGGAAAGCCUGAAAGUGUUGAUUUGAUAUUAACAGAGGUUGAUCUACCUUCAAUAUCUGGAUAUGCUCUGCUAACACUUAUCAUGGAGCAUGAUAUUUGCAAGAACAUUCCUGUUAUAAUGAUGUCGACACAGGACUCGGUGAAUACUGUGUAUAAGUGUAUGUUGAAAGGUGCGGCUGAUUAUCUUGUUAAGCCGUUGAGGAGGAAUGAGCUUAGAAAUCUUUGGCAGCAUGUCUGGAGAAGACAAACUUCACUUGCUCCUGAUAGCUUUCCAUGGAAUGAGAGUGUUGGACAGCAGAAAGCCGAGGGUGCGUCUGCAAACAACUCGAACGGAAAGAGAGACGAUCAUGUUGUGAGUGGGAAUGGUGGUGAUGCCCAGAGCUCGUGUACAAGACCAGAGAUGGAAGGUGAGAGCGCAGACGUGGAGGUUAGUGCGAGAGACGCAGUACAGAUGGAGUGCGCAAAGUCUCAGUUUAAUGAGACACGGCUUCUAGCAAAUGAGUUGCAGAGUAAGCAAGCAGAAGCCAUUGACUUCAUGGGAGCAUCGUUUAGAAGAACUGGACGACGUAACAGAGAAGAAAGUGUUGCUCAAUACGAAUCUCGGAUAGAGCUUGAUCUUUCUCUGAGAAGACCUAAUGCUUCUGAGAACCAAUCUUCUGGAGACCGGCCUUCUCUUCAUCCUUCUAGUGCCUCAGCUUUCACACGGUACGUUCACAGGCCGUUGCAGACACAAUGUUCAGCCUCCCCAGUGGUUACUGAUCAAAGAAAGAAUGUUGCAGCAAGUCAAGAUGAUAACAUUGUGCUAAUGAACCAAUACAAUACAUCUGAACCGCCUCCAAAUGCUCCAAGAAGAAACGACACCAGCUUUUACACUGGAGCUGACUCACCUGGUCCACCGUUUAGUAAUCAGCUGAAUUCUUGGCCGGGACAGAGUUCAUACCCUACGCCAACCCCUAUCAACAAUAUACAGUUCAGAGAUCCCAACACAGCUUAUACAUCUGCAAUGGCUCCUGCUUCACUCUCCCCAAGCCCUAGUUCCGUUAGCCCGCAUGAGUACAGUUCCAUGUUUCACCCAUUCAACAGUAAACCCGAGGGGUUACAAGACCGGGAUUGUUCCAUGGAUGUAGAUGAGAGGAGAUACGUCUCUUCUGCAACCGAACAUAGUGCAAUAGGCAAUCACAUUGAUCAGCUUAUUGAGAAGAAGAACGAAGAUGGCUAUUCAUUAUCCGUCGGGAAAAUUCAGCAAUCUCUUCAACGAGAAGCCGCUUUAACCAAAUUCCGAAUGAAGCGAAAGGACAGAUGUUAUGAGAAAAAGGUUCGUUACGAGAGCCGGAAGAAAUUAGCAGAGCAACGACCACGAAUCAAAGGCCAAUUCGUUCGUCAAGUCCAAUCCACACAAGCUCCAUAG